ACGUCAACUUCGGUGUCCAAUCUGCACACGCGAUAUGCGUCACUUUGAACCAAUCCCAGUUUAUUUAUACUAACCGUUAAUGUUAGUGAAGUGUACAUCAAAGAAAUCGUUCCGAAAUUAAGGGGCUCACUCGAGAUCUUUCAUUCAACAUUAUCAGUCACAGAAUGCGGCUGCUCAUCGCAUUUUGCAUACUCGGACUCAGCUGGCUUAGCAUAGCUGAAAGUGAAGAGAGUAAAAUAGUCUGCUAUUUUGGAAGUUGGGCGGUUUACCGUACUGGAAAUGGAAAGAUCGAGAUAUCGGAUUUGGACCCGAAGCUCUGCACCCACAUGAUUUACACGUUCGUUGGAAUCACAGAAGCGGGCGAAGUCGAGGUGUUGGAUGCAUGGGCUGAUUUACCCGACAACUGGGGUAGAGCAGGCUUCCAGAAAUUCAACGCCCUGCGGGAGCUUAAUCCAGGAAUGAAAACUCUCGUGGCAAUUGGUGGCUGGAACCAAGGCUCUGACAGGUACUCCAGGGUCGCUGGAAAUUCGGCUCUGCGGUCACACUUUGCCAACAACGCGAUGGAAUUUGUGCUCAAAUACGAAUUCGACGGCCUCGACUUUGACUGGGAAUACCCAAAUCAGCGAGGCGGCACCCCGGCGGAUGUCGAGAACUUCGUUCUCCUCCUGAAGGAACUUCGGGAUCGCUUUGACGAGCACGAUCUUAUCUUGACCGCUGCUGUCGCCGCGACGGAAGACUCCGCCAGCUUGUCGUACAACAUUCCAUCAAUCUCAAAGUACCUCGACUUCAUCAACAUCAUGACCUACGAUUUCCAUGGGUCCUGGGAUCCCGUCACUGGUCACAAUGCUCCUCUCUAUCCAACGACACGAGAUACGACAGCAAUUGCUCGGAGACUUAACGUCAAUGCAUCGGUACAUUACUGGCUCAGUCGGGGCACGCCAGCCGAGAAACUUGUCCUGGGAACAGCUCUUUACGGAAGGACCUUCACUCUUUCGAAUUCCGGGCAAAACUCGCCCGGAUCUGCGGCUUCUGGACCUGGCACAGCAGGUCCGUAUACCGGAGAACGCGGGAUGCUGGGCUACAACGAGAUAUGUGAACAACAGAUGAAGCCCACCUGGACUACGGCUUGGGACGAUCAGCAGCGGGUACCUUAUGCCCACAGUGGUAAUCAAUGGGUCACCUAUGACAACGUUGAAAGCAUCACGGAAAAGGCAAAUUACGCCAAGACGAUGGGGCUCGGGGGCGCCAUGGUUUGGAGCAUUGAAACUGACGAUUUUCGGGGCAUCUGUGGGAGCAAAUAUCCGCUUCUCAACGCCCUGAAUCAGGUGCUUCGUUAGGAUAGUUUCAUGGCUCAGUAUUUUAAGGUCUUCGUAUUAAACUUCCUGUGCCAAGAGUACCAAUGAUUCUAACUAAGAGUACAACUUUUAUGUAUUGACCCUGAGUAGAAUAGGUCCGAGUCUCAACAGUUUAGUGCUAUUCAAUGUAUAAUAUAGGUUACGAUAAAUAAAAAUCACUUUACAGAACAGA